CGGGGCCGGCGCUGCGGCUCCAUAAAGCGGCGCCGGGCGCGGCCCCCGGGAGCCGAGCGUGGGAGCCCCGCGCCGAGCCCCUGCCCGCAGCCGAGCCCAGGAACUCCCUCGUCCGGUCUGCAGCCAUGGCCACCUCGGCGAGCUCCCACCUGAGCAAAGCCAUCAAGCACAUGUACAUGAAGCUGCCGCAGGGGGAGAAGGUCCAGGCCAUGUACAUCUGGAUCGAUGGGACGGGGGAGCACCUCCGCUGCAAAACCCGCACGCUGGACCACGAGCCCAAGAGCCUUGAAGAUCUCCCCGAGUGGAAUUUCGAUGGCUCCAGCACCUUCCAAGCCGAAGGCUCCAACAGUGACAUGUACCUGCGACCUGCUGCCAUGUUUCGGGACCCUUUUCGCAAGGAUCCCAACAAACUAGUUCUCUGCGAAGUCUUCAAGUACAACCGCCAGUCUGCAGAGACAAAUCUCCGGCACACCUGUAGGCGGAUUAUGGAUAUGGUGUCCAACCAGCACCCCUGGUUUGGGAUGGAGCAAGAGUACACACUUCUGGGGACAGAUGGACAUCCGUUUGGCUGGCCUUCCAAUGGCUUCCCUGGACCCCAAGGUCCGUACUACUGUGGUGUAGGGGCAGACAAAGCCUAUGGCAGAGACAUUGUGGAGGCCCACUACCGAGCGUGCCUUUAUGCUGGCGUGAAAAUUGGAGGAACCAAUGCAGAAGUAAUGCCAGCCCAGUGGGAGUUCCAGGUAGGGCCAUGUGAAGGGAUUGAGAUGGGGGAUCACCUCUGGAUUGCACGCUUCAUCCUCCAUCGGGUGUGUGAAGACUUUGGUGUCAUCGUGUCCUUCGAUCCCAAACCCAUCCCUGGGAACUGGAAUGGGGCUGGCUGUCACACCAACUUCAGCACCAAGAACAUGAGAGAAGACGGAGGUCUCAAGCACAUUGAAGAGGCCAUUGAGAAGCUGAGCAAGCGCCACCAGUACCACAUCCGUGCCUACGACCCCAAGGGGGGGCUGGACAACGCCAGGCGCCUGACAGGCUUCCACGAGACGUCCAACAUCCAUGAGUUCUCAGCUGGCGUGGCCAACCGCGGCGCCAGCAUCCGCAUCCCCAGGAACGUGGGCCAUGAGAAGAAGGGCUACUUCGAGGACCGCCGGCCUUCUGCCAACUGUGAUCCUUACGCUGUGACAGAGGCCCUGGUCCGCACAUGUCUCCUCAACGAAACCGGGGACGAGCCUUUUGAGUACAAGAACUAAGCAGACUUGUGCCCACAGACACCGCCUUCCCCCUGCGCUUCCCACACCCCUAAACUUCCCUUCUAGAUGUAAUCCUGAGGGUACAAGAUAACACAUUUCGUGUCUCAGUAACUCUUGUUGUCUUGAGGUGGGGGAGGAGGGCAAAUUUUAGUUUUAUCAAUGUCUGUUUGUCAUUGACUCUUCAAAAGGCGAGAGAAGGAGAGGGUGUUAGAGAAUUUUUAACCACUGUUUUUGUUGUUUUUUUUUUUUUUGUCUAAUUCAUCUGUACAUCUGAUGGGAUCCAGUGGCUUCCAGGGACAGACCGCACACACGCUAAGCCAGCAGACAAGUGGAAAGUGAAACCUAUAGCCGAGUUCCCCAGGAGCCAAAUUUGGGUGCCAGCCCCAGCGCUAGCUCUCUGCAGGCCAAUGGUUCCCAAAGCUUGGUGCCCUUCUGCAGAGAAGGGCAGGCAGGAGCUGUGGUGGAGCCCAGCUCCCUCCUGUCCAUGUGGUGCGGUGCGGACAUCUGUGACCUCUUGCCACACUUUCAGAUUUCUAGGAAUCUUCUGGCAUCAAGCUCGGCAUAGGAGCAUUUAGGAGAACUUGUUCUGUCACUGGAAGUCAACCGAUCUCCUGCUCAUAACACAGAGUGAAGUAGUAUUUUUCUAUUUAAAUAUAAAAACAAACAAAAAAAAUAUAUAUGAAAGUUUUUUUUUCUUUAAGAAGAAGAAAAAGAUGAUGGCCACUAGAGCAGGCAGAGCUCCUGGUGAUGCUGUCAGAGGGCCUGCAGGGAGGACUGAGGGGGAGCUUGGAGGGCUCAGUGGCGAAGCCUCACGCGAGUGGAGUUUGCAGGAGGUGGUUCCCAGGGCUGGGAAGCCCACAGAAAUGUUUGUCACUGUAACUCGAGCAUCUGCAAAGCGCUCACGUGCAUGUAGAUGAGCAUGAGGAAGGCGUUCCGAACUAGGAGUUGGCUGGUCAACUUAACCGUGUUCUGGACAGAGCCAUGGGUGCUUCACCCUUACCAGUGGGGUCAGCAUGUCACUAAAGCAGGGCUUUUGAUAAAGAAAAACAAGUUUUAGAUUACUUUUUUUUUUUUCCAAUAAUGUGCUUAGUUUCUAAAACUGAGUGGUUUUACGGAGACUGUCGAUGUCACUGUUGUGUCCUGGCUCUCGGGCCACUGCCGUCGGCUGUGGUGGUUGGUGGCUGGGAGGAGGGAGAGGUGACCAGUCCCUCCCAGCUCCUGCCGGCGGCUUCAAAUGGUCCGGGAUUUUACACUUAGAUGGUGCCAGUUAUAUUCCGUUGCAUUUGGACUUCCUCCGAAUAGUUUUUUAUAAUUAAAAAAGGAAAAAAAAGAUCAAAAUAUUAAUUCUGGCUUCCUCC